AUGGAGGCGGAUUUUCUGAAAGAAGAUCAAGAUGAAUGGAAGGAUUUCGAAGAGGAGAAGAAGGACUACUCAGGACUAAAAAUAGGAAAUUUGCAAGUGAACGAGUCAGCAGAUGCAGAAUCCGAUGAUGGUCGGGGUACAGGAGAAAAUAGCUCUGACGGAGAAUCAGGAGAACCUGGUACCAAACACAGUGGACCUUGGAAGAAAACUGGGCAACCAGAAGUGCAUUCGGAAGUAGAGCCAGCUCAAACCCAGGAAGUUCAGAAGCCACAACAAGUCACUACUGGCAGCAGUUACAAACCGCCACACUUAAGAAAUCUGUCAUCCGUCGCUGCCAGUCCGCGAAAUCGAAUGAAGAAUAUGGCACCAGAUAUUAACAGCGAAGAAUAUUUCCCAACAUUAAGCUCAAAGCAACAACAGGGUAACGAACCCACUGGUCCUUGGGGAAGGCGGAAGCGAGAGGACAGCACAUUUGAAGAAGUUCGCAGCAAGGGUGGCAGUAGAUCGUUAAGUUUGCAAGAAUCGCAAUCUCAGGCGCCAAAGCUUUCACUGGGCAACAAGUAUGGUGCAUUAUCACAAGAUCAGAGCUGA